GAUAAGGAGCAGUAAACACUUGAUCACAGGUCACAUCCUCAUUAAAUCAAUCAAACAUUUUGAUUAUUGAUGAAUGACGUCAGAACUGCCGUCAGCCUGUUAAAUAUGUACACGUUUGUGUUAUGGACGUUAUGACGUCAUUAACUCCUGGAUUGAUUAUAAUUAUCAUGUGUUAAAUUAAUAUGUUGUCAUGUGUACUGAUUCUGUGCUUGAAUACUGAGGUGACGUCAUCCCAAACCGAACCAUCCUCUCACGAGCCGUCGGCCCGUCAGGUCACGUGACUGUAGCAGGAAAUAAUUGAUAAUAAUUAACGAUGAUAAUAUUUAUGUGCCGCUGAUAAUAUUAUUCAUCGAUUAUUAUUGAUGAUGUGUGUUUGAUGUUGCAGCAGGUUGAUCAGCUGGAGAUCCGUCAAACUGCCGGCACCCAGACCGGAAACCAGCCGGCCUUCACAAUAAGAGCACGGCAGACUGUCCGAGCGGACAGACCGGUGACUGCAGAGCGGUGACAGUGACGUGUUGUGUAUAUGAACUGAAGCUCUGAGUGAUUCGCUCUUUAUAUUCAUGUUUCAUCGUGUUGUAACAUCCUCCAGCUUGAUGAAAACGCUUUUAUUGUGGAGCUUCCGGUGUGGUGCCUGUGCGGCGGUGCGUGUUGACGCAGCGGGUGGCAGCUGGUGCGUCAGGAGGAGACGGAGAUGCCAUAACAGCAGCAGCAUCACCGACCGUCCGUCUCAUCGGGAGAGAUCGGGUUCUGUGUCCGCUCUCAUCAUCUCCCUGCCGGCCUGUCGCUCUGUGGACCUCUGGUACCGGCUCCGCUCACUCCGAGACGCCUCUCAUGCUCAGUCCGCCCCGCAGCGCGUCGGUCCGGGCUUUAAUCUGCGGAGAGAAGCGGCGGCAGCAUCUGGAGCGGAGGAUGCUCUGGGGUUUCCCAGCAGGCCUGUGAAGAUGAGUGUGACAUCAUGGUUCCUGGUGAGCAGCUCGGGGACUCGACACCGUCUCCCCAAAGAGAUGAUCUUCGUGGGCCGAGAGGACUGUGAGCUCAUGCUGCAGUCCCGCAGUGUGGACAAACAGCACGCGGUCAUCAACUACAACCCGACCACCGAUGAACACCUGGUCAAAGACCUGGGCAGCCUCAAUGGGACGUUUGUGAACGACCUGAGGAUUCCUGAUCAGACCUACAUCACCCUGAAACUGUCCGACAUCAUCCGCUUCGGAUAUGAUUCUCAUGUCUACGUUCUGGAGAAAAGUCAACAUAAAGUCCCAGAGGAGGCUCUGAAGCAUGAGAAGUACAGCAGUCAGCUGCAGAUGAGCCUGAAAGCUUCAGAGGGGAAGAAGACGGAGCUGGAAGAUCGAACGAGAGCCGACAAAACAUUGAGUACCAAAACACAAGAGGCUCCGGGGAGUCGGCCCACUCCUCUGUACGGGCAGCCGUCCUGGUGGGGAGAAGAGGAUUAUGGGAGUAAAGUUCACAACAGUGAUGAAGCUCAUGCAGAAGUCCAGAGAGAUUCUUCGUCUGUGGAACCGGACUUCUCUGGAUCUCUGUCGGACUCACAGCAGAAGACCAUCUUCCCUUCGUACCACCGAGAACCGAGCUACUUCGAGAUCCCCACCAAGGACUUCCAGCACCCCAAAACCUUGGGGGCGGAGCUUCAUGAGAUCCCCACCAAGGACACAGACACGCCCCCGGCCCCGCCCUCCCCUCCAACCCCGACCCCACCGGUUGUUCAGAGCCACGCCUCCUUCACCAUCGAGUUCGAUGACUGCAUGCCCGGAAAGAUCAAGAUCAAAGACCACGUCACCAAGUUCUCCACCCGCCAGAGGAAGCAGCAGGCUCCGCCCACCAAGGCCUCCAUCACAGCCACGCCUGCUGAGGUGAUGUCAGCAGAGAGCAAGGUGGCUGAUUGGCUGGUGCACAGUGAUGUUAGCAUGAUGAGGAGACGUCCAACAUGUGAAGAUGUUUACAGCACAAAGAGCGACCUCGCCAUUAACAUCAAGACCCUGAAAGGUCACCAUCAUGAGGACGGAACCCAGAGUGACUCAGAGGAUCCAGUUCUCAAAGGACGGAGGAGUAAAUCCCACCACUCUGUCCAGUCUCACCACUCCAUCCAAUCAGAGCAGUCAGAGGUUUCAGCUCAGGCUGUCUACUCUCAGCCUGCUGUGACGCAGACGCUCCAGCAGCCUCUGCAGCAGCCUCUGCAGCACUCUCCACCCAGACCAGCUCCACCCUCACCUGUGGCCCCAGAGCAGCCCCUGUCCCAGAGUCCUCCUCAGACUCAGUCCUCCACCACAGAAAUGCCCAAGCAGGGCCAACCGGAGCACCUCACCCAGCAGGCCUUUAUCAUCGAGUUCUUUGAUGACAACCCGCGCAAAAAGCGCUCGCAGUCCUUCACGCACAACCCCGCCCACACUGACUCUUACUCCACCCUGAGGGCCAAGCUGGAGCGUCGGAAAGGCGGUGAGAGGCCUGCGUCUGUGCACGGCCACAUCCCUCCCACUCAGCAGGUGACAGUUCCUCUGAAGGGUCAGGGCCAUGGCGGCCCCCAGAGGUCAAGCUCUCUGAAGAGGGAGAAGACAGAGGGGGAGGCAGCCUCCUCGGCCUCGUCCUCCCGCUCCUCCUCAGGCAUCAUUAUCAGACCCUUUGGCAGCGUCGGGAAGAAGUCAAAGCUCGCCCAGGAGUUCGCUGCUGAGUUCCUAAAGGAUUCUAGUCAACAGGAUUCCCCCCCAAUGAGAGACAAGACAUCCCCUCCCCCGAUGUCUGCACCGCCAGUGAUGGUGUCACCUCCUCAUGCACAAAUACCCUCCCCCCAAGAACCUCCUGCACCUUCCUCAAUCUCCUACCCGUCCUCCCCCUUACAGCAUCCAGCAAUCUCAAAGUCCUCAAUCCCCACCGGUGCAGUAGGCCAGACCGCCUCUCCAGUCCACCCCUCUGGGCCUGCCAUGUCCCCCAUGAUGCCCCUCAGCAUCCAUGCAGCAGACCCCAAAUGUUCCCAAAGGAUGAUGAAGAAUGAGGAGGACGACAGUCUGAGUGAUGCCGGGACCUACACCAUCGAGACGGAGUCACAGGACAAAGAGGUGGAGGAGGCUCGCAACAUGAUCGACCAGGUGUUUGGAGUCCUCGACUCUCCAGAGUACAGUGGUGUGAACACAGGAGUGUAUAGACCUGUGAUAAAUGAUGGCAAGGAUGAGCAAGCUAACCUGCCUAGCGAUGGUAGCACAGUGGACCCAUUGCAUGGCUUUAUCCCAGCUGCUAUCAGCAGCCCCCCAACUGGCCCUAUACAGGUUCCGCCUACUCAUGCAGCAGGUCUGGAAGGACCAAAAUGGGUUUCCCGUUGGGCCAGUCUGGCAGACAGCUAUGCUGAGCCUGGUUCCACUCCACCACAGGGGGAAUGUCUGGAAGAUUUGCACCUAGUGUGCCGGUCGAUGGGAAACUACAGCUACGAUAACUCUGAAUCAGAGUCCAGCCACAGCUCCAGGACAAGAAGGCUGCUGCCGCAGGUGCCUCCAGAAAGGCUGGAUAGUCUUCCCCCGAGUAUCUUGAUACGCCAUGAACCUUACCAGGAGCCUCUAGACAGAGUUACCACUCAUCCCCGCCCACAGGACUCCAGCCAGUGCUUGUCUGUUCAGGAUGAUGUGGAUCCAGACAGUCUCAGUGAUGCCAGCCGCUCAGAUGAUGGACCUGUUCUGGAGAAAACAAAGAAGAAUCAGGCCAGGACUGGAUCUCCAGGGAGCGCUGGUCCUCAGUUCAAGGGUCCAGAGAAAGUGUCUCCCUCCACUAAAUCCACCUCCUUCUACAUUGGUUCUGAAGACAGUCCGAGCAAACCAGACCCAGCCCGCAGCCCGUUACAGUCUGAAAGGACAAGAGACCCCCCAGCUAAAACUCCCCCAACCACAGUCCUGAUCCGACACCUGAGUGGACAUGAACCCCGGCGAACAGGUGUUAAACCCAACAGCUCUGCUCCAAACCUCCAAACACAGGAUAAAGACUCUGUCCCCACUAAAGACAGCUGCAUGUCAGCCAUCGUCCGGCAGGAGAGCUUCACCAAAGACCGCCCCAGCGACACUGUCCAGUUGAAGAAGUUGCCCCACAUCUCAAGCCACCCGUCCAUUAGAGACCUGGAGCAGAGGAGGGAGAACUUCCAGGACAUGCAGUCCUUCCUCAAGGAGGGAGAGGGAGCUUUGUCCUCUCUGGACAUCAAGUUCCCCUCGUCUGGCUCCGGUCAUAGCUCAAAGAAAGGAGGCUCCUCCACUCACAUGGAUGACUCCUUCUCCGGGGAAUCGGAUGUGGACACAGCGAGCACCGUGAGCCAGGUGAGCAGCAAAAACAUUCCAGUCAGCUCUGCCUCUAAAAAGCGUCCCGCCAUCAACAGCCUACAGAAGGAGAAGUCCUCCUCCAGCCCAUCCAUCCAAGAAAAGGGACGGCAAACCACUGCCCGCGAGCGGCUUUCUGAGAAGCGCAGAAACCAGGUGACAUCAGAUUCGUCAAGCAAGGCAGAGGCAGCAAAGCGCUUCCAGAUGCGCCGCAGUGCAGGCAACCGUGGAUCCCUGGAUCUGUCAGAGGGUCAGCAGGGUUCUGGUCCUCACUGGACCGAAACAACAUCAUCUGACCAUGAAAUCUCUCGUCCGUCCAGCCGUAGCAAGAAACUCAUCGCCCCUCUUCAGAAAGAAGACAACGGAAAGACGCCAAAGACGUCAGCGCAGCAAGUUCUGACCAGGUCCAACAGCCUCUCAGCACCACGACCAACUCGGGCAUCCAUGCUUCGUCGAGCACGUCUUGGCGAGGCCUCAGAUAAUGAAGGUGCUGAGACUGAUCGGGGCUCCCAGAAUUCAGACCACAUCAUUGCUCCAACCAAAGUGUCCGCCGAAGGGAAGAAGCUGUCCAGGCUGGACAUCUUAGCAAUGCCGAGGAAGAGAACUGGCUCCUUCACAGCUCCCAGCGAUAACGAAACGUCCUCCACAGCCCGCUCGGGAAUCUCAAACAGGAACUCUGAGUCUGCCACCACCAGGAAGACAUCUGUGGGCGACGCCCGUCAGGCAGUGAGCAAAGGGGCUGGAACCAUGGGUAAGCAGCCACUGACCCGCACCCGAUCCAGUGGAGCCAAGUACCCGAGCACAGCUUCGCGUCGCAGACAGAAGGGCUCCGACUUCUCUUCAUCCUCGGAAGAAGAUUACGAGAUGACCACCGGGACCUCCAAAGCCAAGCGAUCCUCCCAUCCCUCCACCUCCUCCCAGACGCCACGUGGCCACCGCACAGCUGCUGCCAGAUCCAAGUCUGUUUCCCUGGAGACGGAGGAGGACGAGGACCAGAAUGAGGUCGACCCCUACCAGAACUGGUCCACGCACAGCGCCGAGAUCGCCAAGCUCAGUCAGGACCUCGCCAAAGAUCUCGCCAUCCUGGCGAAGGAGAUCCACGAUGUUGCCGGGGACGGAGACUCUCCGAGUUCCGGCAUGGGCGCCACCACCUCCCCCAGCUCGCUGCCCAACACGCCGGCCUCCACCAUCUCUGCCAGGGAGGAGGCGCCAUCUUAUCCAUACUUAUGUGGAGCUCGACCAUCUCAGCUGGUCCAACAUAUCCCUGAGGCCAGUUUAAACUACCAGAAGGUUCCUCCAGGUUCUGCAGCUGUCUCGGACCUGGACGCAAACAUGAAUGAGCCGGAGCCCGGUUCAAAGCAGCGCCGUCCGUGGAACCGCGAAGAGGUGAUUCUGGACAAUCUGAUGCUGAAUCCAGUGUCUCAGCUGUCUCAGGCCAUCCGGGAGAACACGGAGCAGCUGGCAGAGAAAAUGAAGGUUCUGUUCCAGAACAAGGCCGAGGUCUGGGAGGAGAUAGAAGCCAAGAUCAAUGCUGAGAACGAAGUCCCCAUCCUGAAAACCUCCAACAAGGAAAUUACCUCCAUUCUGAAAGAGCUGAGAAGAGUCCAGAGGCAGCUUGAAGUUAUAAACACCAUCGUGGAGCCUGGCGGGAGCCUCCAGACUGCCGCCGUCGGGACGUCGUCUGCCAGUCAGACUCGACCGUCCUCGAGGGAGAAGAAACCCACCACCAAACCCCGCGGCACCCCCCCGACCUCCAAUGCCAAUGAAAGCACUAAAAGACCACCUCGUGGACCCGACGGGGCCCACUACAUGGCCUGAACAGGCCACCGUAGCACCUCUGGAUAGUAUCUGUGUAUCCACAUCACCUGCAGCCAAUGAUCAGAGAGCCUGAUGAUUACAGACCAGCUUCUCCUUCUGCAGACAUGUUGUUAGAUCAGCUGAGCAGCUGUCAGGAGAUGUAGCUCCACACUGAGGUCCAAUUUACUGUGUCAGUAGACUGAACAGAACCAGGUUUGUUCAGCAGAACUUCUGUCUGACACACCUGAGUGAGUUAUUGGUCGUCUCUCUCGGUGGUUCAGCGGAGUCGAUUCUAAAGACUCCCAGAGACAAAGACUAGAUUGGUCUUUAUUCACAGGACACUUUGGUCCUCACUGUCCCUCAGUUCAUUGCUCAGCAGUCACAUAAUGUUGUUUCCCUGUUUCAGCCGACUGUAGCUAGCAAGCUAACCGUUAGCCAGCAAGUCACGCUUGCUGCAGACUGAGCAGGAGGUCCCAGGUUUUCCAGGCCUGAGCCGAGGGGCCAGAUUGAGAGUAGUUUAAAAACCAUCAUGAACUGAGUCUUUGAGUUGCAGUGAUCUCGCCCCGACCAAGACCACCAGGACCUCCUCCUGGAGCCGGUCUGUGAGCGUUAAAUCCUCCAUCAGUCAGUAACUUCUCCUCAGUGUUGAUUUGCUCUGAAACGCUCCUCAGUUUUCCUUCAACGUCUGCAGUUCAGGCGAGUUCUUCAGCUUCACACUGCUAGUGAGGGGUCGGGACUCCACUGUGGUUUGGAUCUCCUGCCAUCAGGAACUUUGUGGUGAAUCUCCUGUAAAAGGAAGGAGACGCAGAAGUAUUCUGGUACUUCUACACUUCCCGUGGUUCAGAGGUUCUGCUCCUGAAAGGACCGGAGACGAGCUGCAGAAACAUUCAGCCGCUGAUCUGAACCGUGAAGUCGUUUGUCUGCCGGCGGUGUGGAUACACUCGAACUGUCCAAACAAACGUGUCAUUUGUACCCAGUGAUUCAGUCGGUGAGGACAAAUGCAUUCUGAGUGAAACAAUAUAAACAUGUAGAGCUGCUUCUACAUCGCACAAGCUGAACAAAAUGUAGUCGAAGCAGCUGCUCGCGCCGCAGUAGAUGAUGUUUAUCCAUCAACUUUGUGCUUUGAUAAUCUGUUGUUGCAUUGAACAGAUGAUAGAUUGUGUUUCUGUCUGUAUUUAUGAAGAGGAAGUCGUCCCGUCAGAAGGUCCUGUGCUGCUGCCAUGCUUCGGCCUUACAGACAGGAACAGCCACCUGAACCCGUCAAAGUAAAACAGAUGUGAUGUUAUAUUUUACUGAAUGUUCUGUUGCCAUCUCGCUGUGGUUGUGCGAUUACUGUGAACAAGUUGAAUGUUGUGAGUGCUGAAUGUCAGAGUUUAAAUGUCUGAUUGAACGUGAGACGUCCUGCUGGUCCUUGAACACAUCAUCUCUCUGAUUCAUAAUGAAUGAACUCAACACACCAACAGUCCGACACAUCUCUGAUCGGACCAGGACAUCCGGUCCACAUUCGGAUGCGCAGAAUCGGAUCUUGACAUCAGUUAAUAUCCUGAGAAUCGACUUCUUCGUUCUCUAAAGAAAAGUGGAGACAUCUUCUUCUUGUAUUUGUGACUCAACAUCUCAGAAAAACCACAUGAAGAUUUAUUUUGGCCUGAACGUCCUGAAACUACCAGGCAUCAGGUCCAUGUUGUUUCUGUCUCUGCUCUCAGUCUGUGAAGAUCCGACUGUUUUAAAGCAGUCGUUGGUUCUGGAGAGACGCAGUGAUGGACUUCAUCCUGCUUCCUUCGCUCUGUCGGCCCGAUCGUCUCCACUCUCUUUGUUCUGAGGCAGCAGUGAAGCUGUAACUCUUAAUGAGCCUCUGAACUUCCUGUAAAAGAAAAGAACAGAGUGUACAACAGCUUCACCUGCCUCACAGCUCAUUCACACCUGAAGAGUCAGGUGAACUGUCUCCUGCUGAGGAAAACUGUGAGACGUGUUUGAAAGCUCUGAAAGAAGCUCAUGAAACGACGUUGAGCUCAGUUGAUUUAGUCAUUUAUGAACUUUUGUUUUUCGACCUUCAGAUUUCCUGUAAAGUCGUUGCUCUAUAAAAGUCUCAUCGCCUCCAUGACAGCUGACAGGAAGUACCUGUGUGUGUGUGUGUGUGUGUGUGUGUGUGUGUGUGUGUGUGUGUGUGUGUUGCUGUUGCUGUUGCUGUUGCUUGAUGUUUUUCUUCUUCAUGUGUUGGAGCAGCCGGGCGGCGCUGUGCAGUACAGGUGUGUACAGAUGUAGGUCGGACCGUCGUUUCCAGUGUUGCAUGUUUCAGGUUCAGGGUCUUUGGUGUGUGAACAGAGACAGGAUGUUAGCAUGUUAGCUUAGCUGAGCACAAAGACUGGGAGCAGGGGGAACUGUUAGCUUAGCUCCAUCACAACAGAGAAGAGAACACCUGAGUCCGUUCAGUGAACAGCUGGUCAGUGACGACAGACACUGUUUCAAAGCUAAUUAACUUUAUUUUCUCUCUGACGAAGAUGUUCAGACUUUUCAGUCAUGUCCAAAGAAGUUGAAGGUAAACCCUGGUUCUGUGGCAGAGUGGUGGUCUCUCUCUGAACAGGUGAUCUAUGUCAGUUUAUGUUACAGAAGCUUAGCUAGCAGGUAGCUCAGUAUUUAGCAAACCAGCUGGUGGAAAUAAACUCGACCUAACUUGUCCAAUCAAGCUUUAGUCUAGCUUAUCAGCCUGUGAAGCAAAUGUUAGCUUAGCAGCCUGUGAAGCUAACAUUAGCUUAGCAGCCUGUGACGCUAUUAUUGGUUGACAGGUAGACUCUGGACACUUAGACCUGAAACAUGUGACUCUGGAGACAACAGCCAAUCAGAGCGUUUCUCUGUUGCUUUGCUGUGAAGUGUCAGGCUGGACAAACAGGAUAUUUUGACUUUUAUUUUGAAAGGUGCAUGUUUCCUGUAGCUUGAGGCAGGUUCGAGGCUAGUUCACCAAAUGUGCACUUUUUCAUUUGACAGACACCUGGUGGACGCAGGUGGAGUUUUUUUUGAAAGUCAUGGUGUUUUUGUGCUGCAGCCAAUGAGAAUGUAUCGAUUCACCACCUGCCCACAAGUCAAACCUGAUUGGCCGUUGCUGUGAUGAUGUAACUGCUGCUGCUCCAGGUGAUUGGUCAGCGGGCUCUUUGUUUAGUGCAUGUGGCCAUGCAGAGGGCAGCGUUCAUGUUCAAACUGUUUCCUGUUCAAACCUUUUUUAUGCAUCGAUCACGUGACGGUCAGCAGGCGACCGCACGUUCCUACGAAGUCCAACUUUAUUUAUUAUGUCCAGACGGCCGACGCUCGUCUGGACACUCACGUGUUCAUCAGCUGGAUUUCUUUGUAUCACCAUGUCAUUUGUAAUAAACUGAUUUCAUGCACUCUGA